UUAAUUUCGCGAAUAAUUCAACAAAACCGGUAUGGUUUUACGCGUUCCUUUUUUUUCAAGACUUGAGUAUGGUACAUGGUUAAUUAAAAGGCUUUUUUGUAUGCAGAAAGUGUAUACCCAACUAAUAUCUAGUGAAUUUAUCAUCUAUUAAUAUUGUGAAUAUUUCUCCGAUAAGUAUCGAAGGCUGUUUAGCUCUUUAAUUUGUUUAUUCGUGAAUGUGUCGGCAAAUAUAAACAUAAAGCACAUGGGGAUUCGUACGAGUAAACCUGCAGCAAGCAAAAGAAACAUGACGGUAACAUCAUCUUGCAAUUCAUCCACCUCAAAUAAGAGUUUGCUCAUAGAGAUGGAUAAUAACUCGAAAAACACCCAGUCUUCGGCCAACUCACCAGACCGAGAAAUUCUGCCGCUGAUGCUCGAGGAAAAGAAAUUUGACGAAUUUGAAGAACUAGUGAAAAAAAGAAACAACUACGAUGAUAUCAUUCACUUCUAUCCAGAUCCUUACAACGGAACGUUACUAGAUAUCGCUUGCAGAUCUGUUGGGAACUGCAGUAUUGUGCGAUUCUUACUGGGUAAGUUGGCUAACCCAAACCUAGUGAACAAAAUUACUGGUAAAGCUCCAAUACACGAAGUUGUCGAGAGUGGCGAUGCUGACAUGCUAGACGAGCUAACAAAACACUUCAAUUUCGAUUCGGUAAAUGUCAUAGAUCGUCAAGGUUAUACACCAUUGCACAUAGCUGCUAAAAAAAAUCACACCAGAUCUAUUCGAAUCCUGCUCGAGUGUCGUGGUGAACCAAUCGAUAUCAACAUUAGUACCAAAGAGCACCCGUCUCCUUUACAUUUGGCUUUGAAAGAAGGCAACAAGCAAGUUGCUUGCGUAUUGCUUCAGUGUCCUGGUAUUGACUUGGAUUUUCAAAAAGAUUCUGAAGGACGUACUUGUCGUGAAAUUAUUCAGAAAGAGUAUCCUAAUUUGCAGGAGAAACUACUCUCAACUGAUCCAAUUCUUGAUCCAGGGUUCAUUUUACGCUCAUUAUUGACUCGAGGCAUGACCGAAUCAUUCAUCAAACUUGCCUCUGAAGUUGAAUCACGAUAUUUAAACGAUGGUCACGAUGAUUGUUCGUAUUUACACUUCGCCUGCCAUCAUGGAUACACAGAUGUAGUCGAAUUACUGUUGAACAAAGACGUCGAUCCUAAUAAGAUCUGUGAAAGCGAGAUACCGAUUAUAAUUGCUUCUCGAAACGGUUACUACGAAAUCUUUGAAAAAUUAUUCCACCAACCUAAAAUUGAACUGCAAGUUGAGGGGCAUGGAUCAGUGCUACAUUACAUAAUAAGGGGUAUGUUAUACAAUGGCCAAGUUGCAGAAAGACGUAAUCCUUAUAAAUGCCUGGAAUUAGUGCUGAACGAAAUCUUCCCCACUAGUCAUUCGAAAUCAAAUAAAGAUAAAACCAAGUUAGAUAUUGAUUUUGUGGAUUAUUGGGGAAACACAGCUCUUCAUUUGGCGGUUCUUUUCAGCGACGAACAAAUCCAGAAAUCGCUCAUUUACGCUGGUGCUCACCUGUAUAAAAAAAAUCACUCGGGAGAAGUUGCCUUGAAUUUGAUUAGACCAGAAGUACUCUCAGAUUACUUGGACGAUUGUAUCACCGAAGGCGAAAAAUCCGUCAGGGAAACAGAUCGUGAAAUCAACUUCGAGUACAAGCUGUUUGUAAAUCCGAGUGAAAAUUCUGCCUGUCGAGAAAACGAGAUGGAAUUUUUUACGAUAAUCGAACGUGUGCCAGAAUUGAGGAUAUUCCUCAAGCAUCCGGUAGCAAAAAGCUUCCUUUACAUCAAGUGGAAUUUCGUCAAGAAGUAUUAUUUCACGAAUUUGCUAUUUUAUUUACUAUUUUGCGUUUUUCUGAGUAUUUACAUAUUCCUAAAACAGCAGUAUGGGGCAUUUGAGUUCGAUCCUUCGGAUCCAUGGUGCAUAUUAAGACUACUUUGUAGAACUUUAACGCAGUUGUUUUACGCUGUAUUAGUUUUGAGAGAAGUUUGUCAGUUGAUUAUUUCACCUAAGUCUUAUUUAACAUCCGCAGAGAAUUGGCUUGAAAUCAUAUUGAUUUCCACUGUAGGGAUUGUUUUUAUACACGCUGCUACGAGCACAAGUUUACCACCUAUUUGCGCAGCUUGUGCGAUUCUAGCAUCGUUGAUGGAGUUGGUGUUUUUAAUCGGUAAACAUCCCCUUUUCGCGACCAAUAUUGAAAUAUUCAAGACGGUGGCGUUCAAUUUCUCGAAAAUUUUCGGCUUGUAUUCGAUUAUGAUCGUAUCGUUUGCCCUCAGUUUUUACCUCUUGUUUCAUGAAGAAAGUUCCAAUACUGGUGUUGGUAAAGCAAAUUGUAGCAAUGUUACUGCUGAAGAAAAUAGUCAUAAUGAUCCUCUUAUGGCAAAAAAUUGCACCAAUAAUCAAACAGAAUCGAUCAACCCGGAUGUAAAGUUCUGGCGAAGCAUCCCUCUAUCUGUUUUCAAAACGAUUAUCAUGCUUACAGGCGAAUUCAGCGCCGACUCGAGUGUUCCACUUGGGGACGAUUUCAGCCCCAAGCACGUGUUUUUCAUCUUAUUCGUCUUUUGCAUCGGCAUCAUACUUUACAACCUACUGAAUGGUUUGGCCGUCAGUGAUACUCAAGCAAUCAGAGAAAAUGCAGAAAUAGUUGCUUUGGCAUCUCGAGUCAGACUAAUCUCGCAAUUGGAACAUCUUGUCGAAAGUAAACCAUUCCAGUUUUUUGAAAAUUACUUAUCGAGAUGUUUUCCUUGUGCGAAAGAGUUAUUAGAAAUCCGAUUUCAUCGAGGAAUAUGUUCUGAAACUCGUGCUUCGAUCAGACUUCACAAAAAUAAUAUGAUAUACGUAAAAAGCAAUUAUAGAAACGAAGAAGCGAAGUCAUUGUUGAAAAUGCGCACAUCUAUCGUGAAAAAAGCUCGAAAGGUGUUGGAAAAUCGAAGCGAAGUUGAUAGAAUUGAGAAGAGUGUUCAACACUUGCGAGUACACGGUGUGAAGAAACCUCCUCCCAAGUUUCAAUCCAUGGAUAGAUUAGGGCAAUACUUUACCACUCACUUGCAUGAUUUGGAAUCCAAAAUUCACGAGACAAAUGCCGAACGUGAUGAAAAACUAGUCCAAAAUGUUAAAACUCUAAUUAGUGAUUCGGAGUCGAGAAUGUAUAAACGAAUGGAAACAUUGAUCGAAAGCACAAUCAAUCAACAAAUGGAAACGUUACUCGAUUCUGUUAUUACGGAGCUUCAGAAUCAAAGAAAUGAUGUGUAAUUUACUUUUUUUUUUUUUGGUUUUUGAAAGUUACUUCUUUAAUGAAAAAUGAUUGAAAUAUGGGUAAGUUCUGAAGCAAAAUUCAUUCUCAGAUUGCAUUCCUACAUUUUAUACAAGUAUGUCGCCUACAGUACGAUUUCCCAUCGUAGGCAGCUGGAAUUUUGGUCAUGAGGAUUUCAGAUCAUGCUCGUUCAAAAAUCACAUUCCUUUACAAGUCCGAGGCGAAUAAUUUGAGUAGGUCAUUUGUUGAAUUCUGUUUGUUUUAUUUUUUUCAUCUCGACGUGAAAGCUUUUUAGACGUAAAAUCUACAGGAAAAUGCAGUGUAUAUUUACUAAUAUUAGCAUUUAGCACUCGUACUUUGAGAAUCAAAAGUUCCAAUUUUAAUUUAGAAAAAUGAAUCUUUGUAAUCUAUUACCGGGUUAUUUAUACUGAGCUACCUAUGCAUGUAUUUGUUGAUUUGUAGAUAUUACUCGUAGGUACCUAGUUAUCAUGUAAUAAAGC